AUGCAGGUGUUGGAGUGGAAUGGAGUUCCUCUAACAGGAAAGACGUAUGAAGAAGUGCAGUGCAUUGUGGGCCAGCCAUGUGCAGAGGCGGAGCUCUGUGUGAGACUUGACCUUAACAUGUUGUCUGACCCUGAGCACCCACAAGUUCUGGAACAUCAUAUCCAGCUUAAGGCUGGAGGUCAGCGUUCCCCUGGUGUCGAUCCUAAACAGUUGGCUGCAGAGCUGCAAAAAGUAUCUGAGCAGCAAGGCCCUGAUGUAGUUGGGACAGGACCAGGGGGUUUAGGGGUCCUCUCUGCUUUGGACCGUUCUGCCCUCCUUCACUCAGGCACUGGGUCAGCAGCCUCCAGUGGGGUCCCAAGUCCUGGCCAACCAGCAUCUCCUGCCGUCAACAAGAAACAGCGUCACAAGCCAACAGAGGUGACAAAAACACCUCAUCCCAUCACAGGAGACAUUCAGCUCCAGAUAAACUACGACAGAAGUUUAGGAAAUUUGAUUGUGCACGUCCUGCAGGCUAGAAACUUGGCCCCCCGAGACAACGACGGCUACUCUGACCCCUUUGUGAAGGUCUACCUUUUACCAGGGAGGGGCCAAGUCAUGGUUGUCCAGAAUGCAAGUGCUGAUAACAAGAGAAGAACCAAGUAUGCCCAGAGGACUUUAAACCCAGAGUGGAACCAGACUGUCAUCUACAAAAAUAUUCAUUUGGAACAGUUAAAGAAGAAGACUCUGGAGGUGACGGUGUGGGACUAUGACAGAUCCUCCUCCAAUGAUUUUCUUGGAGAA